CACUGGUGUACUCCUCCGGUCAGAUCCACGGCCACCGGUGAAGUCUGGCAGCAGCAUCCCGGAGUACGCAGACAAGAGGAAAGGAGGACGCUUCACUCUCCUCACUCUGCCCGCCCGUGGAGACUGUCGCGCCCGUGGACAGUUGGAAGUUGACAGAGUGAGUGGAGUACAUAUCGCGCUCGGAGUUCUUCAUCACACACCGCUCACAAGGAGGUAAAUGGACCUCCACCGACCUUUCAAAAUGGACAGCUCCUCCUACAUGCCAGCGCCCCUCGCUUCCCCCGCUCUCAUGGUCCUUGCCUCCACCGCUGAGGCUGGCCGCGAUGCUUCGGUCCCCUGCCAGGCGCCCAGGCCCUUUGGUGUCCCCGCUUCCGUGGAGAAAGACCUCCACCUCCCCUUUCCCUCUGCAUCCUACACCUUUGCCUCCAUGUAUCAACGUCAGGGCCCCGUGUCGGGUGCCUUUCCAGGCCGAGACUUCCCGUCUUCCCUGCUCCACCUGCACCCACAGUUCACGCCACCGAACUUGGACUGCUCCACUUUGGGCAUGCUCCACCACAGCGGGGUCGGCGGCGCCUUUCGGCCUUUCUCAUCCCCUCAUGACGAGAGGGAAGCGAUUGGGUAUCACUCGGCUUUCUCGCCUGCAAAAAGGCUGAAGGGUUGCUUCUCAGAGGUGGAGGGUAAGGAGUUCGACUUUGGCUCCCCCGGAGGCUCCAUUAAAGCAGUAGAGGAGUCAGCGAGGAAGCUGUUCUCCAUGUCCGGCCUUCUUUCAGAUGGCGAGACUUCAUCCAGCCCAGAGGAUCGCAGGGAGCACAGUGGCAAGGUAAAGAUUCUCUAUGAUGCGGGGGCCCCAGUGUGUCCAGUGUGUCAGAGUGUUCUGCGACCAGGGGAGCUGCAAGAACACAUGGAGCAGGAAUUAGCCAAACUUAGCCAAAUUCAAAUCAGCGUCACUUCGGUGCAGCACGACCACCUAAUGAGGACGCCAAAGUCUCUUUCAUUCUCUCUACACAUCAAACGUGAAGGAGCUUCACCGACUUCACCCACACGACCGGCUGACGACAUUCACUCUGACAGAUAUCAGACGUUUCUGCGCGUACGGGCCAACAGACACACAAGACUAAACGUCGAAGACCUCUGCUGGUGCAGGUGCUACGUCAAAUCUGCCCCAUUACGCCCCCACAGCGCAGGAGCCCACCUAGACUGCACACAAGCUGUAAGGAUCAGCAAACUGAAGCGGAGGAAACCAGAUGACGGUCAGGAUGUCCCUGCAGACACAACACCAUCAGAGGAUGAAUGGAACGAAAGGAGGAAGAUUCAGAUGAUGUCGCUAGUCGGGGGGUUCAAAGGUUCAAUGUUGGUGAGCAGCACGUCUAAAGAGGGUCGGGACAGCGACGCAGACCUCGACGUGGAUGGAGAUGACACCUUAGAGUACGGUCGUGCCCAAUACACAGAGACAGAUGUAAUUAUGUGCUCAGGGGAAAACAGCAAGGACACGACAGCUAAUGUUGGUGCAUUACCUGACUCUGGAGUCCAACAGGAAACGUCCAAAUGGUCAAAUGAAGAGUGUCCGUCCACCAGCAGUGGCGAUAAAGUGGAUGGAAGCAUGCUUGUCCUCCCCCAAACCUGCAAAAACACAGAAGAAGACAUGCUCUCAGAAGACUCUGCGUUGACAUCCCUGGAUGCUCUUAAAGCUCGAAUACGGGAUUUGGAGAAACAGUUGUGUAAGGGAGACAGAUUUAAAUGCCUAAUCUGUAUGGACACUUACUCAACCCCGCUCACUUCCAUCCAAUGCUGGCAUGUUCACUGUGAGGAGUGUUGGCUCAGAACGUUGGGAGCUAAGAAGCUGUGCCCUCAGUGCAACACCAUCACCUCGCCCGGCGACCUUCGGAGGGUGUAUCUGUGACGCCAGGCUGGUCAUAAGGAGUGGACUUUUAGAGCAGCUGGCCUGACUCCCACACUCUUCCCAAUCCUACCUUGUUUUGGACCUACUUUUUAGUCAGUGCAUACACUCCAAAAUAACACUCAUGACUGGAGAACAGCUACAAAGUGACAUUUUAACAAGAAAUAUUUCCAAUUUCUAAGACUUGUUUGGUGGAAACAGCCGAAAAACACACUGGGACAAUAUUUAUCAAUUUUAUAAUCCCUUUUGUCUGUUUUCUUGCAAAGCACAUGUACAUAGUUUUUGUGUUUGGAUUGGUGUUUGUAUAUGAUAUUGAAUAGUACAACCUGACUGUAUUUACUGUACAUAGUUUGUCUUAUUGUUUAACUCUUCUCACACUUCCUCCUCACUUUUUGUCUCUGUCAAUGUUACUAUAA